GUCGCUGCGGCUGAGGAGGCAGCGGACGCCGCCGGCCUCGCGCCUGUGCCGCGCGAGCCUCCGGCCGGGAGCGCGAGGAGCGCGGAAGGAGCCAUGGCCCUGGACGGGAUCAGGAUGCCAGAUGGCUGCUAUGCGGACGGGACGUGGGAACUGAGCGUGCAUGUGACGGACCUGGACCGCGAUGUCACCCUCAGAGUGACCGGGGAGGUGCACAUCGGAGGGGUGAUGCUCAAGUUGGUGGAGAGGCUCGAUGUAAAAAAAGAUUGGUCUGACCAUGCUCUCUGGUGGGAAAAGAAGAGAACUUGGCUUCUUAAGACACAUUGGACCUUGGAUAAGUAUGGCAUUCAGGCAGAUGCUAAGCUUCAGUUCACCCCCCAGCACAAACUGCUUCGCCUGCAACUUCCCAACAUGAAGUAUGUGAAGGUGAAAGUGAAUUUCUCUGAUAGAGUCUUCAAAGCUGUUUCUGACAUCUGUAAGACUUUUAAUAUCAGACAUCCUGAAGAACUUUCUCUGUUGAAAAAACCCCGAGAUCCAACAAAGAGAAGGAAGAAGAAGCUGGGUGACCAGUCUGAAGAUGAGGCGCCCGAGCUGGAGGGGCCUCUCAUCACCCCUGGAUCUGGAAGUAUAUAUUCAAGCCCAGGACUUUAUAGUAAAACAAUGACUCCCACUUACGAUGCUCACGAUGGAAGCCCUUUGUCACCGACUUCUGCUUGGUUUGGUGACAGUGCUUUGUCAGAAGGCAAUCCUGGUAUACUUGCUGUCAGUCAGCCAAUCACGUCACCAGAAAUCUUGGCAAAACUGUUCAAGCCUCAAGCUCUUCUUGACAAAGCAAAAAUCAACCAAGGAUGGCUUGAUUCCUCAAGAUCUCUCAUGGAACAAGAUGUGAAGGAAAAUGAGGCCUUGCUGCUCCGGUUCAAGUAUUACAGCUUUUUUGAUUUGAAUCCAAAGUAUGAUGCAAUCAGAAUCAAUCAGCUUUAUGAGCAGGCCAAAUGGGCUAUUCUCCUAGAAGAAAUUGAGUGCACAGAAGAAGAAAUGAUGAUGUUUGCAGCGUUGCAGUAUCAUAUCAAUAAGCUGUCAAUCAUGACAUCAGAGAAUCAUUUGAACAACAGUGACAAAGAAGUUGAUGAAGUUGAUGCUGCUCUUUCAGACCUGGAGAUUACUUUGGAAGGGGGUAAAACAUCAACAAUUUUGGGUGACAUCACUUCCAUUCCUGAACUUGCUGACUAUAUUAAAGUUUUCAAGCCAAAAAAGCUGACUCUAAAAGGUUACAAGCAAUAUUGGUGCACCUUUAAAGAUACAUCUAUUUCUUGUUAUAAGACCAAAGAAGAAUCCGGUGGCACACCAGCUCAUCAGAUGAACCUGAGAGGAUGUGAAGUUACCCCAGAUGUAAACAUUUCAGGCCAAAAGUUUAACAUUAAACUCCUGAUUCCAGUUGCAGAGGGCAUGAAUGAAAUCUGGCUUCGUUGUGACAAUGAAAAACAGUAUGCACACUGGAUGGCAGCCUGCAGGUUAGCCUCCAAAGGCAAGACCAUGGCAGACAGUUCAUAUAACUUAGAAGUUCAAAAUAUUCUUUCCUUUCUGAAGAUGCAGCAUUUAAACCCAGAUCCUCAGUUAAUACCAGAGCAGAUCACAACUGACAUAAAUCCUGAAUGUUUGGUGUCCCCUCGUUAUCUAAAAAAGUACAAGAACAAGCAGCCAGGCUAUGUAAGAGAUUUGAUAACAGCGAGAAUCUUGGAGGCGCACCAGAAUGUGGCUCAGAUGAGUCUGAUUGAAGCCAAGAUGAGGUUUAUUCAGGCGUGGCAGUCGCUCCCAGAAUUUGGCAUCACACACUUUAUUGCGAGGUUCCAAGGAGGAAAAAAAGAAGAACUCAUUGGCAUUGCAUACAACAGACUGAUUAGGAUGGAUGCCGGCACAGGAGAUGCAAUUAAAACAUGGCGUUUCAGUAACAUGAAACAGUGGAAUGUAAACUGGGAAAUAAAAAUGGUCACCGUCGAGUUCGCGGAUGAAGUACGAUUGUCCUUCAUCUGUACUGAAGUCGAUUGCAAGGUGGUUCAUGAAUUCAUUGGGGGCUACAUAUUUCUCUCAACACGUGCAAAAGACCAAAACGAGAGUUUAGAUGAAGAGAUGUUCUACAAACUUACCAGUGGUUGGGUGUGAAUAGAAAUCCUGUGUAAUGAAACUCCAUGGCCAUAACAAUAUUUAACUUUCAAAGCUGUUGUUUGUUGUAUGCUGCUUAAUAAAGUAAGCUUGAAAUUUG